GAGCAGACUUUAUCACUCUCCUCCUUUCUAGUGAUGGUCCUUUCUCUCACCUCCUUCCUCCCAGAUCACAUCCAACGAGUCUAUGUUGAGCUUUUCCAAUCGGAUGGAGGGAGAAAUGCAAAGACAGAGAUAAACACCAACAACUCAAUCAUUAUUCUGGAGAGACCUGGCAAAGCCCCCCCUAGCAACUGGUCCCAGACGUAUAGAGCAAGGAGUUCAUAGUUUUACAGUAGCAUACGUAAAGAUCCUCCCAACGCAACACCAACUCUGGCCACAGCUGCUGGCUGAAAAUGCUGUUUACUGUAGGACUUCUCCUCCUUCUCACCCCAUUUCCCUCCUUUCAAACCACGACCAAUGAGAAGAGAGAAACCACAGGAAGCGACGUGACCAAACCCAAUGCCGUUUUCACCCUUUCAAAACCAAAAACCACUGCAGCCCCUGCCAAACAGACGGUCCACUCCACCCUGAAGCCAAACACAGUCAAUCAGACAGUUGUACCCACUCUCGGAACCAACCAAAAACCUCCAGCUGUCGGUGCUACGGCAAAAGCCUCCAGUGGCACCAUCACCAACAAAGACAAGCACAUAGUCUCAGUCAACCAGACUGUUCUAGCUAAGUCACCCUCAGCUAGCGAUGUAAAGGCUAGCAAAGACAAGCCUGCCCACACUGGAGCUGCUCAGUCAGCAUCCACCAAGUCUGCCUCAGCUAGUGGUGCUAAACCCACCAAAGACAAACUCCAACCUUCUGUCAAUCAGACCGUUUCAAUAAAAUCUCCUUCAACCAGCAACGGGAAGACUGCCAAAGACAAGCCUGCCCCCACCGUAGUUCAAAAUGUUCAGUCAACAUCCAGUAAGCCUGCUCCUACCAGUAGCACUAAAACCACCAAAAACAAGCCCACAGCCUCCGUCAAUCAAACUGUUGUUGCUAAAUCCCCGCCGACUAGUGAAGUGAAGUCCAAAGACAGGCCUGCCCUUACAAAAGUUCAAACUGUUCUGCUAACACCAGCAAAGGCUGCUACAGUUGCAGAUAAAGAUAAGGUCACGGCCUCUGCCAAUCAGACCACUUCAAUCAAGGCUCCCAGCACCACCACCAAAGAGAAACCUGCCCCUUCACAGCCUAUCAAGGUGGUCAUCAGUGAGGGAUGUGACUCAAGUAACACCAAGGAACAGGAGCUGAAGCUGAAGCCUGGCGCUCCUCUGGUGAUGACGCAUAAGAUCAGCUUGAUGCCUGGUGGAUGCACUGGUGGAUGUGAGGCUGAGAUGGCGGCACUGAAAGGACGAGUGGCCCGACUGGAAAAAGAGAUGUCAUCGCUAAAAGAAAAAUGUCCCUGUUCGGUAAACUGUCCAAAUGACUGUAGCGGCAAUGGGGAUUGUGAGAAGGGGAAAUGUGUCUGCCAACAGGGGUUCACAGGUGUAGACUGCAGUAGGUGUACACAAGGAGCAGAGUGUAAUAAAAAAACUGCCAAAGGGAAGAUCAAGGUAACAGUGGAGACAGUAACCCUGCAGGUGAACCAAGACAGGGGAAAUGCACAGGAGAGAACCACCAAGGCAGAGCACACACUUUUCCAAAAGAAAGAGCAGAAGAAGGGGUCUGAAACCAAAGAGAGUGACACUAAACCCAAAGUGGCCACUACUGCGAAAACAGGUGUUAAAACGCAAGCCAAACAGGAAACUUCUGUCAAGAAAAUAACUAUUAAAGGUUCUUCAAGUUCCACAAAGACCAGUCGCCCAACUGUUGGUCAAGCUCUCCUGAAACAUGAGGGACGAAAGCAAGAGGAGGCUCGUAAGGGCAAGACAACAGUCCUGGCCUCUAAAAAAGUCCUCGUUAGGGAAGGAACUGCCAGCAAAACCCAUACUAAAUCUGACCAACUGAAAGACGAGCCUCUAACUAACAUGACACAAAGUAAUGUGAAGAAAAUUAAUGGCACAAGUAAAAUUGUGACCAUUUUCUCCAAGGUCACUGGGACAAACAAAACCAGAACAGGCAAGGAAUCUCUGGAGCAAUCCACACUAGCUGAGAAGAAUAUUACACAGUCAUCUGGACAAAAACAAAUUAAGACAGUUAAAGUAGACACUAUAAAUGUACAAACUGUUGACAACAGAAAAACUGAUGCUGGUAAGGCUGGAAAAGGGAAACUUACACAGAAGAGUCAGUACAUAGUGAAUACAACCAUCGUGGCAACAUCAGACGAGGCAAACAAGAACAAAACAACCAUCCACGGCUCUGGGAUGAGCACCAGGAGGACUGGAGGGACUGGAUUAGGAUCUGUGAAGGCUGUGAACGUCUCUUCAUACAGCUUCACCAUCACUUGGUCAGCACCACAAGGAAUGUUCAAGAACUUCACUGUGAUCAGACGAGAGCCACGGACAGAUGGUGAUGAAGAGGAACACGAAGAGUUUGAGGAGGAAGUUCUUGAAGGAGACAAGAUCUCUGCAGCUAAGAAUACCACUGAAGUUCUGGUACAAAGUGAAAGCACCAAUAUGACAACUAAAGGUGUUGGAUCGAGAGGCAGAGCUGAAACCAAAAGGAUCUCUAUGGUGGUCCCCGGCAGCGUACGUUCUAUGGAGUUCAGUAAUCUUCGGGCAAACACCCGUUAUGUCCUGCAUAUAUACGGCACUGCAGCAGAAAGGAGAUCAAAGAUUCACAGAGUAACUGCAAUCACAGGUCCUGAGCCUGCAACAGAGAUGAUUUUCAGCAAUGUAACAGAGUCUUCUUUCGCUGUUUCCUGGUCCAAACCAAAGACCAUGUUCACCGGCAUCAGGGUCGUGUACACCAAUAUUAUCACAGGGGAGAGCCACUUUGUGACGGUGGACUCUCAGCAGUCUCAUGUUGUUCUGUCCAACUUAUCUGCCGGAUCUUCUUACAUAAUCACUGUAACUGCUACACUUGGCCGCGCCCAGAGUGACGGUCUCACAUCCAUCAUCACCACAGUACCUGCCCCUCCAACGCAUCUUCAGGUUGUCAGUGUGACAGACACCAGAGCUUUACUGCAAUGGACACCCAGUCUGGGGAAAGUAGACCGAUUCAUCAUCAGCUAUGAGUCCUCCAAGACUCCUAAUGUGACAGUGACCGUGAUGCUGUCAGGAAACUCAGUGGAGCACCAGCUCAGGGGCCUGCAAAGAGGCACCCUGUACAUGGUCAAGGUGUUGAGCCAGAAGGACAGUCUCCAGAGCAUGGCCAUCGCAACUACAUUUACGACUGCAAAUGUGGUCAAAGCCAGCGAGGUGGGCCCUCGCUCUGCAGUGAUAGCCUGGAGAUCCACUGUCGUUUAUCACAGCUACAGAGUGAUCUAUCAGGUGGCAGGAGAGGACACAAAGGAGGUGAUCCUGGAACCCACCCUCACAGAGUACAGACUCACAGGGCUGCUGCCCAUGUCACGCUACAUUGUUGUGGUACAAGGAGAGAGAGAUGGACAAUACACGUCUGUUGUCACCACAGAAUUUAUCACAGGAAAAUUGCGUUUCCCUUACCCCACUGAGUGCUCUCAGGAGCUGCUGAAUGGAGCUCUGCAGUCAGGAGAGGUGGACAUCUACCCACAAGGAAAAGAGGGUCGAGUCGUGAGAGUCUACUGUGACAUGGAGACAGAUGGAGGUGGCUGGACAGUGUUCCAGAGGAGGAUGAAUGGAAAAACUGAUUUCUACAGAACCUGGAGUGAAUACAGUGCUGGAUUUGGAAACCUGAGUGAAGAAUUCUGGCUUGGAAAUGAGCUCCUGCACAACCUGACCAGUGUCGGCCCAGUGAGUUUGAGAGUGGAUAUGCGAUCUGGAAACGAUACCGGUUACGCUCACUACCCCAUCUUCUCCGUCGAUUCAGAGGAGAGGCAGUAUACUCUCACAGUGUCUGGCUACACAGGAACAGCAGGUGACUCUAUGAAGUACCACAACGGGCGCCCAUUCUCAACCCGAGACAAGGACCCCGAUCCUCUGGGGAUCCACUGCGCCAGGGCCUACAUGGGCGGCUGGUGGUACAAGAACUGCUACAAGACCAACCUCAACGGACUUUAUGGCACCAACAGCAAUAAUCAGGGAAUCGUCUGGAUAGACUGGAAAGGCAAAGACUCCUCCAUUCCCUUCACUGAGAUGAAGUUCAGACCCUCAAGGUUCUCCCCUGCAACUCACGGCUAAAGAUCAGUGUGCGUGAGCUCUUCAACCAGAAAACCUUACAUCUGACAGAGAAUAUGAGAAAUCCAGACGACAGUGGAUCUCAACACUCUCUUUCCAAUUGGAAUUGCAUAUAGUGAUUUUGAUAGCUACAAUGGCAGCUAUCAGUGCAUUUGAUUCAAUGUGCAAGAUUUUUUUCUGACCUGUUUUUAGAGGAAAUAUAACAUCAACACGGAGAAAUGUUUAAUUGUAACUUUUGUAUACAGUUCUGCCUGUUUCCAUUGAUUUCAACACAGUUUUGUUUUGAUUCUAACACCCUCUUGUGCACCAACAUGGUAUGCCACCCCACUACUACUGUAAUUAAAUAUGCACUGCCUCACUCCAUUGGAAUAAAUGUGGCUAAUGUGGG